AUGAGUUCAGAAAUCACUUCUAAACGCUCCGAGGCUACUCUUGGAAGAUUGCUAGCAUCAUAUUUGCCAGAUGAACGAACAAAAAUAAUACAAAAGCGGGCCAAAAAGUCCACGGCAAACAGGAAAUCAAGAAAGCUGUUGCGAGACCGUCAAGCAGUUGUGAAGGACGCUCUUAAUCCCCAAAAGCUUAAAGAAAAGAAGGAAAAAGCACGAAAAGAAAAUAUUAAGACUUUGGUGUCAUGGGACGCGGAAAAUGAGAUUGACGAAAUUAAGGAUCACAUCAUUCAAAUGAGAAACUCUAAAAACAAGAGACCACAAAAGGGAUCUUCUGAUCUAUAUGAGUCUUCUAAGGCUGAUUAUUUUGAAAAGAAAACAUUUAGCAGUAGUAGUGGUUCAAAGGAGCGCUCAUGGCCUGGCUUGACUCCUGGUCUUGCACCAGUGGAUUAUGAAUCUGAUUCUGAAUAA